UAAUUCUAGAAAUAUGAAAAAUAUGUAUUUUUCAUAUUUUAUUGCCUUGGAUGUCGCCUGCUUUGUCGAAUUAUAUCAAGAUUUCACUCCUACAAUUACUUAUUCGUUGAGAAAAUAAUCCAUGGGAAGGGCUGAUUUGAGGAUGAGGAAUUAGCAUACCGAUUCGCUUUUGUCCUUCCCGUUCUUAGUGCAAGGGAAACCUUUUUUUAGGCAGUGUUGCAACAAACGAUGUAAUUCGCAAUUUCUAAAUUGAAUAUAUUUUUGACUUUAUUUAGAAAUAGGAAAAUAUAAAACAAAAAGAAAACAAGAAAUAUAAAUAAAAAGGGGUGCGAAGUGCUACAAAAAGAACUCUGUUCGAUUUUUUAGUCUAUCUAUAAUAGGAGAUCAUAUGAAAAAUGUAACCGAUUCUUUCGUUUCCUUGGGCCACUGGCCGUUCGCCGGGAGUUUCGGGUUUAAUACCGAUAUUUUAGCAACAAAUCCAAUAAAUCUAAGCGUAGUGCUUGGUAUUUAUGUUUGGUUCGGGAAGGGAUUAUGGAAGUUUUUAAAUGAAUGGAAAGAUAAUCUACUUUCAUUAAGUGAUUUAUUAGAUAAUCGAAAACAGAGGAUCUUGAAUACUAUUCGAAAUUCAGAAGAACUACACGGAGGAGCCAUUGAACAGCUGGAAAAAGCCCGAGCUCGCUUGCGGAAAGUGGAAAUGGAAGCAGAUCAGUUUCGCGUGAAUGGAUACUCUGAGAUAGAGCGAGAAAAAUUGAAUUUGAUUAAUUCAACUUAUAAGACUUUGGAACAAUUAGAAAAUUACAAAAAUGAAACCAUUAAUUUUGAACAACAAAAGGCAAUUAAUCAAGUCCGACAACGGGUUUUCCAACAAGCCCUGCAAGGGGCUCUAGGAACUCUGAAUAGUUGUUUGAAUAACGAGUUACAUUUACGUACCAUCAGUGCCACUAUUGGCAUCUUUGGGGCGAUGAAAGAAAUAACUGAUUAGUCCUUCUAUUAUAGGCAUUAUUUUUUUUUGCUUUCAAAAAAGAAUUAAGAAAUACUCAUGGUAACCAUUCGAGCCGACGAAAUUAGUAAUAUUAUCCGUGAACGUAUUGAGCAAUAUAAUUGAGAAGUAAAGAUUGUAAAUAUCGGUACUGUACUUCAAGUAGGCGAUGGCAUUGCUCGUAUUCAUGGUCUUGAUGAAGUAAUGGCAGGUGAAUUAGUAGAAUUUGAAGAGGG